AUGUUGAGAUCAUUCACUUCUAAGUCUUUAAACGGUCAAUCCCAAAGAUUGGCUCAAUUUGUCAGAUUUGCUUCCACCAAAUAUGAUGUCGUUGUCAUUGGUGGUGGUCCAGGUGGUUAUGUUGCUGCCAUUAAAGCUGCUCAAUUAGGUUUGAACACCGCUUGUAUUGAAAAGAGAGGUGCUUUAGGUGGUACUUGUUUAAAUGUUGGUUGUAUUCCAUCUAAGUCUUUAUUAAACAAUUCUCAUUUAUAUCAUCAAAUUCAACAUGAAUCUAAAGAAAGAGGUAUUGCCAUCAAUGGUGAAGUUUCAGUUGAUUUCCCAAGAUUAAUGGCUGCCAAGGAAAAGGCAGUUAAACAAUUAACUGGUGGUAUUGAAAUGUUAUUCAAGAAGAAUAAGGUUACUUACCACAAGGGUGAAGGUUCUUUUGUUAACGAAAAGACCGUCGCUGUUAAGCCAAUUGAUGGUUCUGAAGCUUUUGAAGUUGAAGCCGAUCAUUAUAUCGUUGCCACUGGUUCCGAACCAACUCCUUUCCCAGGUAUUGAAAUUGAUGAAGAAAGAAUUGUUUCUUCUACUGGUAUGUUAUCUCUUAAGGAAAUCCCAAAGAGAUUAGCUAUUAUUGGUGGUGGUAUUAUCGGUUUAGAAAUGGCUUCUGUUUACUCCAGAAUUGGUUCUCAAGUCACUGUCAUGGAAUUCCAAAAUGCCAUUGGUGCCGGUAUGGAUGGUGAAGUUGCCAAACAAUCACAAAAACUCUUAGCUAAACAAGGUUUAGAUUUCAAAUUAGGUACUAAGGUUACCAAGGGUGUUAGAGAUGGUGAUAUUGUUAAGAUUGAAGUUGAAAACGUCAAGAAUGGAAAGAUUGAAGAAUUAGAAGCUGAUUGUUUAUUAGUUGCCAUUGGUAGAAGACCAUACACUGAAGGAUUAAACUUGGAAGCUGCUGGUUUAGAAAAAGACAACAGAGGUAGAUUAGUCAUUGAUGAUCAAUUCAGAACCAAACAUGACCACAUUAGAGUUAUUGGUGAUGUUACUUUUGGUCCUAUGUUAGCUCAUAAGGCUGAAGAAGAAGGUAUUGCUGCUGCUGAAUACAUCAAACACGGUCAUGGUCAUGUUAACUAUGCCAACAUUCCAUCUGUCAUGUAUACUCAUCCAGAAGUUGCUUGGGUUGGUCUUAAUGAAGAACAAUUAAAGGAACAAGGUAUUAAAUAUAAGGUUGGUAAAUUCCCAUUCAUUGCCAAUUCAAGAGCUAAAACUAACAUGGACACUGACGGUUUCGUUAAAUUCAUUGCUGAUGCUGAAACUCAAAGAGUCUUGGGUGUUCAUAUCAUUGGUCCAAAUGCCGGUGAAAUGAUUGCUGAAGCUGGUUUAGCUUUAGAAUAUGGUGCUUCUACUGAAGAUAUUGCUAGAACUUGUCAUGCUCACCCAACCUUAUCUGAAGCUUUCAAGGAAGCUGCUUUAGCUACAUUCGAUAAGCCAAUCAACUUCUAA